AAUGUCAAGCGUCAAUUGCCGUUUUAUUUUGGAACGGAGGUAACCUAACUUGACUAUUGUAUUAUUAUUAUCUGAUUGUUAUGUAUAAAACUUUAUCACCGUUCACUAAAAAUGAAUAGCAGUUUAAAUAGCACAUUGAAUACUACAUAUAACGACUACAGUGGACCGGAUUUUGUAAAAUCGCCUAGUAAAAUAUGCAAUGUUAGUUUAAGCGAAGCGCUCAGUGGCUUCGAAAAAUUACGCAUAUAUGCACUAACGAAAGCUGCUGAAAUAAGCCCUCUGGUCAAAGAAGUUACAAUAGGCCCUAAAAGUCCGCUCAAGAAAGAUUUCACUAGGGAAGUCAGGCAACAGUCGCCUGCAAAACAUGACAAUAUAUCAGAGGAUAUACUUAUCGAAGACAAGUUGAAGGACGACCUCCGCUACACACUAAUAAUGAAGGAAUACGAAGCGCAACUACAAGAACGAUCCGAAAUCAUGUUUAGGAAUUUAGUUGAGAAGGUACUGUGCAAAAGAGCUGAAACCAUGAGCAACUUCUUCAAAAAACAGAGUGAGCAAUGCGAGCGUAGAGCAAUGGAGGUGAGGGCAAGAAAACUGCAACUCCAAAAGAACUUCAUGAAUGACAACUUGUUUGUGCUGGAGAAGGCAAAACUUGAUGAACAGAAGAGCUGUACUGUUGUAAACAGACAGACAAUAGAUAACAUGAACAAAAUAUUAGAGGAACAAAACAAGGCUACCGCUAGAUUUGCCUCCAUUACCGACAGCCACACAAAGAUAUUAAUAUGUUACAAUGAAAUUACAAAUUUACUCAAUACUGAACCUUUAGCAAAGCAAGUAUGUGAUAAAUUCAUUCAAUCAAUUAAUACAGUUGUAGGAAAUAUUAGUAUUAUUAUGGAUUUAUGUAAAAAUGCAGCUAUCACUGACAAGGAAGUGAAGAAAGCUGAAGGUUUGUCUUCAAACCUUGAUAACAUAAGAAAAAUGAUAGUAGAAGAAAUUGAAAGUAUUAAGCAACAGGAGCUUGCUAAUAAACAGAAGGAAGAGGAAGAGAAAAGAAUUAGGCAGGCCCAAGAAAAGGCAGCUCAAGAUGCACAAGCAGCUGAAAUAGCGGCAGCACAGAAAGCAGCAUCAGAACAAGCAAAAAAAUCUGGACCAGUGUUUUAUUCUGCUAAAAACUAUGCAUAUUACAAAGAUCUAAGUGACUUCCUGAAUCAAUAUGAAGGGCAAUACAAAGGAUUACUUGAAGAUGUAAAGAUGAAGAAGUUCCGCUUUGACUGCCAGAAGGCUGUGAACACUCCCGUGAAUGCUUUGUCUUCAGUCAGCGGGCUACACAUGAAGGACAAGUAUGAUAAACUCUAUAAACUGUUGAAGGGUGAAAGAGUUCAAGUUUUGGACAUUUAUGUCAGAGCAACUGAGCACACACAGGGUUUGGCUUACUGUACAGCAUUGUUAGCAAAGAAAAUUGUUAGGCAGGGUGAUCUCUUAGUUUCCAGCAACCCUGAAGCAGCAUUUCGGUCAGUCACCGCUGCUUUGUGGUCACAGUUCCCAGAAUUUGGAAUACUUUUAGAAGCAAACUUCCAUAGGUCAUGUCCAUAUUUAGUGCCAAUGCUCCUGCCACAGAAAGAAGGACAAACAGACAAAGAAUUUUAUAUGUCACGAGGCUACACUUACAGUGAAGAUGGGGUUGUGGAGAAACAAGACAAAUUCCUGCGAAGAAUGUCAGGAAUAUUUAGAUUAUUCUGUGCUAUAUGGAUUGCUAAGAUGCCUAGGUUUAUAACAGUUCCUAAUCCUCAUGGACUAGAAGACUGGACACAUUGA